CACGUAAUGUUAAACACUUCUGGGGAAACAAUUGAACAAUCUGUACGGAUAUUUAUGGGCACGUCGGGAGUUAUUUCAUUUUUUAUAAAUAGUUUUGGGGUUUAUUUAAUAUGUUAUCAUCAUGGAAUGAUAGAUGAUUAUCGAUAUUAUCUUCUCUAUUUUCAAAUAAUACUUCUGAUCUUCGACAUUUACUUUUCUAUUUUAAUGGUGCCGAUACCACUUUUCCCAGUCAUUGGUGGAUAUACAAUAGGAUUUUUAUCGAAUUUUUUUGGAAUAUCUACUCAUUAUCAAAUGGUAUUUACUCUAUGGUGUAUUGGAAAUACAAACACUUGUAUUUUUAUAAGCCUUCUUAAAAGACAUCAAGUUGUGGCCGCAAUUGAACAGAAAAAUGUGCUUCCUCGUCAAAUGCAAGCAUUUUCAAAAAUGUCUUCAAAUCUAUUGCCAGUACUUGGAACUAUUGCUUUUGCAUUUUCAGAGCCGAGUGAAUUACAGCUGAAAAUUAUAAUAAAUGAGAAAUAUUCUUCAAUAUCCACAUGGAUCUCUGCAAUUCCAGGAAUUGCCAUUUAUGACAUAGAUUUUCAUCGAAAUCCUGCAUUCUUCUUUUUAACAUUGAGCAUUAUAUUUGGAACCGUAAUACUUUCAACUUCUUAUUAUAUUUUAUAUGCUCAGUUGUACAUAAUGCUGAAAUCAAUCAAAACAAGAAUAUCUAACAGAAGUUUUAAAAAACAUUCAGUUGCAGUUAUAAGUACAAUUAUGCAGAAUUUGGUAUUCGCAUUCUUUUUUCUAUUUCCCAUUUUAAUUCUGUCAGUCGUUAUUUUAACUGGGAAAGAUGCUUCAGGCGCCUGCUUGGUUUUAAUUGGUGUUAUUUCUUUUCAUUCUUCUGCAAAUACUCUUGUGAUGUGCCUCACUUUUACUUCAUUUCGGAAAGCAAUUUUAUCAUUUUUCUGUAAUUUCUGUCAACAAAAUCAAAGUAGAACUAUAACAAUAGUACCACCAGUCAACAAUUUGAGCGUAACAGUGAUACGAGUCAAAACAGGAAUGCAUUGAAAAUAUUUAAAAAUAAGAUUUGUACAUUUCGGGAUCUGAUACGUGUACUCGGAAGAAAUCGAAGAUCCGGACAAUAUCCAUGAAGUUUUGACGUUCAAAGUGAAUUUUCUAUAAAUUUGAAUAAAUUAAUACUGACAGUGUUAUCAAACUUACCUGUGCCGAAUUUAUAAUGUUCAUAAUUUUGAUAAGUCUAGCUGCAUAAUUAGGAAGGCGUAGCUCUUGAAUAUAAUAGAGGUGAAGUUCAUUGGCUAAAGCUUCUUGUUCUGAUUCACUUGCUUUCAAAACAUCUCCUUGGAGUUCUUUUCCUGGAAUACUCGUUUAUUUAUUAAAUUUAUUUUAAAAGUAAAAGUACUUAUUGGUAUUUCCCUUUAAAUUUAAAAAAAAUGUACCGUAAAGACGGAAUAUUUAUGUUAAAAAAAUUAUAAAAUUUUUACCAACUUUUAAUGUAUUUUUCAAUUUUGCUAAUGAAUUAAUUUCCGUGCAAUUAAAUUGCCAGUUUCACCAUCAGCGCAAUUCCUCGACUAAUAGUAAGUGUUUUUUCUUCUUUUUUUCGGUGGAUAAGUUGCGACGAAUUGUCGAGAUAACUUGAUAACCAGAAGAAAUAUGCCGAUUUGUUUCUUUCUUUUAAAUUUUACAACAUAUAUUUGUAUACAAAAUUUUUUAGAUAUGAACGAAACGUUUCGCGAAACCGGGAUAUUUAUCUUAAUUUGUAUGUAUAUAUAUAUGUUCGUGUCUAAAUACAACCUCCUCUUUCUUGCAGCAAUAGCAGAAUAGCCACAGUAACCUGACAUUACUCCUAUAUGGUGGUCCAUCGAUUACCUCAACCGAUGCCAGCUGCGCAUUUUCCAU